GACGUGAUGACACAGCUCGAAAAUCGAAUACAGAGAGUCCCACAACGUGACUUCUUGAUUGUGGCUGGGGAUUUCAAUGCGCAUGCGGUGACUGAACGUCCUCAUAUCGGACCAAGUGUGCCUCAUCGAGUACGGUUUGCAAAUGCGGAUGUGAAGACACUGCCCUCGCUCUGCAAAUCCUGUGGACUAACUGCGCUGAACACAUGGGCUUCUGGCCAUCGCAGUACGUAUGCUAACAGUGAUGGCACAUAUUCCUCUCAGAUCGAUUUUUUGCUGGUCAGACUGCACGAUGCUCGGAGGAGAUCCAAGGAGGCCUACUCGGAUAAGAACUUUCCUGUGGCUGCUUACAGAGAUGGAUCAAAACACUUUCCAGUGCGAGCCACUCUGUUCAUUCCUCCUUACAGUCCUACACCCAGCAAGCCACGGCCGUUUGAUGCCACAGCCCUGGAUGCGAGCUUUCGGCGGAAAGAUGCCAACUGGCAGGCAUACUCACAUCGUCUGACGGAAGCAGUGGUGAGGACAAUGCAAGUGAGACCGUCUUGGCAAGAACUGGAUGAAGUGAUGGUUAGUGUAUCAGCUGAGCACUAUCCUCCUCCACGCAAGUCUCAGCCAGUAGCAGGUCCUAUUCAUCAGGAAUACUGGAAGAAAGUGCGGCAAAUCCAGGCGCACAAGAGGGCUGGAACCGAGCAUAAUUCUGAAUGCCAGAAGCUUGUGGAGGACAUCAAGGAGGAGGCGCGGACUUUCAAAAAACAGCAAAAACAAAGAAAGCUAGAGAAGCAAGAGCAGUUGCUUCUACAAGCCCAGGAAGAUAAAAGGCAACAAUCCCACAAACUG